CAGUUUAUUAUGCUGACAUACAUCUUUAUGUUGGCCUGGCUUGGUGUUACAGCUUUCACUUCUCUGCCUGUUUACAUGUACUUCAAUCUGUGGACCAUUUGCCGAAACGCCACUGUAGUGGAUGGAGCUAAUCUCUGCUUGGAUCUUCGCCAAUAUGGUAUUGUAACUAUUGGAGAGGAAAAGAAGGUUUGCACCACAUCAGAAAGUUUCAUCAAGAUGUGUGACUCCAAUGAGCUAAACAUGACAUUCCACUUGUUCAUUGUGGCACUUGCCGGAGCUGGAGCGGCAGUCAUUGCUAUGGUCCACUAUCUCAUGGUCUUGUCUGCCAACUGGGCAUAUGUGAAAGAUGCUUGCCGAAUGCAAAAAUACGAGGAUAUUAAAUCAAAGGAGGAACAAGAGCUUCAUGAUAUUCAUUCUACUCGCUCUAAAGAGCGGCUCAAUGCUUACACAUAAAAGAAACCUUGUCUUACUUUCUAACAUGUGAAUGCUUUGUUGUUUAACUAAAGGCCAUCCAACCAUUUUAAAAAUAAUUGAAAGUGCUUCUCACAAAAGUUAGUUUGGGUGACUUACAUAUCACCCAUGUACAAUUCCUGGUUGUCUAGCACUUGGUUUCUUAAUUAGUUCUUACUUUGUGUGACCAUUCUCUACCACAAAACUCCUAAAUAGCCUUUCCUGAAUCCUUUUAAGCUAAUUAGUUCUGCUAGAUCAAGGAUACUAAACUAUUGUCAAAUACAAAUAUGUGUUUGAUUUUUUUAAUCACUUUGUAUGUGUUAUGCAUAACACCUUUUGCAUUGUUUCUUAUAUGUUUUUGGAAAAAAAGUAGCUUUUUAUACUUUUUAGUUUUGAGUUCAAUAACUACUUUAACUACAGGUAUACUUCAAAGGGACCAUUGUACAUGAUGUACAAUAUAUAAAGAAAACAUUCUGAUGACUUUCCUUUAUAUUUGGAAAACUUGCCAGAUGGACCCUAUUCAACUUGAAUGAAGGGCCUAAGAACGUUUUAAACAAUCAAAGGUGCAAUUUCUAAAUUUGUAAUAGUGGGUAAAAAAAAAAGAAAAAAAAAGAGAAAAAAGAAAAAAAGAAAAAAAAAAAAGAAAAAAGUGCUUCUUAUCUUUGUUAACAUUGUAUUAUUAUUGAUGUUUUUAAAGAAUAUUCUCUUGUUCCAAGUUCCAUGGGUGAUAAUUCCUGUUUGUAUUGUGAGCAUGCAGACCGUGGUGCUAACAAUGCAUGGCCACUUGCCUUUUGAAGAAAUUCAAUACCACGGCUACCUGUUAAAGAGUUAUGGUAUAUAGACAACUGUUAAUUAAGUGAUAUAGUUCUCCAUAGUUUUUUACAGAAAGGUCUCUCUUUAAUUCAAUGAUGGUAUGCUAAAUUGGAGCUGUUCAUGUGAUGAUGUAAGAAAUUACUGCUUAGCUACAUUUAUGAAAGUAAUAUAUCAAAAAUACGGUGACCGUAGGAGUCAGAUGUCUUUUUACCUGCUUUAAAAAUUUAAAUGGAUUGCACCUGUCUGAACUGUAAAAGAUAUAUUAAAGGAGACUUCCAUAAAUGUUAUAGCUUGGCUUCCAGCUUUCCUACACAUAUUGGUUUACCUGUAUAAUGUUAAAGUAAGGUGAAAGACCACUACAGAGCUUAUUAUUUGAAAUUGUAGUAAUAUAUUUGAACCUUUAUUUUGAAAGGAAAACAUUAUCAGAAAGAUAGGUCAUCUUAAUUUGAAAGAAUUACCUGUAUCAAAAACAAAACAAAAACCCCUAUUUAAGAAAAGUCAGUAUUAUCGGACCAAAUUUGGUGGAUUUUUUUUUUUUUGCCUAUUUCUAAUGCUACAAGAAUGCUGUAAAGUGUCUUUUAAAGUGAUGUAGCCUGACAAGACAUUUUUGUCAGUGUUAAAAAUCUUAGGUAGUUUUGUGCACUUAUUGGACCAUUGUGAAUUCUCUCUCAGUGUAAGUGCAUUUCUAAUAAAACUUCUUGAGUAAAACUCUUCUUUGUACUAUUACUAGUCAUGCAUCAUUUUUAACAACACUUGUAGUAAGUAGAGGGUAAUACUAUAGUUACUUGUGGCAUGAUAAUGCAUUAAGUAGUAUUAGUUGAUUGAUUUUUUUUUUCUUUUUCUUUUCUUUUGCUUGUUUUUGGGGUUUUUUGGUUGUGUUUUUGAUUUGGGGUUUUGGUUUGGGGUUUUUUUUGACACUUAGGCUGUCCUACGGGGUCAACAGUUUUCUGAUAAUGUGCAGUACCGAUAUUACAGUUCUGCAAAAAGUAUUAGGAACCUCUUUUGGAUUCUAUAUUGUAGUGUUUCAGUUUUGUGUCUUAAAACGUUUGUGCUGAUUUUUAAAACUAUGUCUUUUAAACUCAUGUAAUGAUGUUAAUGCUUUUGGCUCUUCUCUGGUAUUAGAGUUUGUAUUUUCACAAAGAAUGCUUUGUAGCAGGCAUUACAAUUAAUCUGUUUUGUACAUAAAUGUGCCAACAGCUUGAUGGUGGCGUUUUUGAAAUGUAGAACAAAGUGCUUGCAAAAAUGUAAUAAACACACUUGUGUACUUUG